UCGAGACUUUCGGCGCAUUCACCAUUUACGCAUUCAUUCACACGACAGUUCCACCACAGUCAAGAUGGCGGCAGCUAUGGAUGUUGAUACGCCAAGCGGAACAAACAGUGGCGCAAGCAAGAAACGUUUCGAAGUGAAGAAGUGGAAUGCAGUGGCACUUUGGGCCUGGGACAUUGUUGUAGACAACUGUGCUAUAUGUAGGAAUCACAUUAUGGAUCUCUGCAUAGAGUGCCAGGCCAACCAAGCCUCCGCCACAUCAGAGGAGUGUACCGUUGCCUGGGGAGUCUGUAAUCAUGCGUUCCAUUUCCACUGUAUCUCCCGUUGGCUGAAGACCAGGCAGGUGUGUCCCCUUGACAACAGAGAGUGGGAGUUUCAGAAGUAUGGACACUAGGAGCAAGAAUCUGGACCACUAUUUGGGCUUCUGUUUCAGGCAUAUUGUUGCUUUCUCCUCCUUUGUAUGGUGGACUCCACUUUGAGUCUCUAAAAGACGCUACACAUUUCACACAAACGGUGGCUGAGUGUGGUGUAUGGUGCAUUCCAAAGCGUCACCCACAUUAGUGUACGGAGACUGUGAAAACAAUGCUGCGUUUUUGUGAACUGUGUAGCGGCUUUAAGAGGACCUCCCCCGUUUUAGGCUAGCUAGAAAACAACCUUUUUUUUAGUUUAAUUUGCAUUGUUGUAAAUUAUAAAUAAACACUGAUGUUCUGUGUAACAAGCUCUUUCAAUUGAGAAGUACAUGUUGUUCUUGAAUUUUAGACAUGUAUAGCUAAUUACUUAGUUUUAUCAGUUAGUUAAAAUACAUUCAGGUUUUGAUCUGCUCAAAGACAAUUCUUUCAGCUUGACACAUUUUUGCAGUUGUACGUAAAGAUCAGAAACAUGGGCUGCACUCAUCACCAAGUUUUUAUCCAUACAUUUGUUUGGGGGGAGAUAAAGUCCUGUAUUGACAUUGUUUUAGACAAUUACAAAUUGUGAAAUUCAACUUGAUAGAUCAGACAUCAAUGCAUUAUCAAAUUGUUCAAUAUUUUCCACUAGCAAUUCAGAACUGCCAUUUGACGACACUUAUCACCAAUAAUCACAAAAGAUGAAUGACUUGAAUAAAUGUUUACAUGGUACAAGGUAUUUCAAAACUGCAGUUGACUAAGUGGAUUAUAGGGGCUUCUACGCUAUUGCCAAGGAGCGAUCUGUUUUGCAUUUGGAGUGUACCCAUGGUUUGGUUUUAACCAUACAAGUGUGUGGGAACAUGAAAAUAAAGAAUUGGCUUCCAUGUGCCACAAAAUAAA